UUUCCUGGAUCUUGUUCCUCCUUGCAGCACUCAUGUGUCACCGGUGAAAUUUUCCUGGAUUUUCCCCUCCAACUUCCUUUCCUUUUCUCCUUUUCCUCAGAAUACGAAGUGUCCAUCUCAGGAACCACGGUAGAGCUGACGUGCCCUCUAGAGGCUGACGACGACAUAAAAUGGGAAAAAAAUGACAGAAUACUGGUUGGUGAGACCGACAAGCACCUGCUGAUAAGGGACUUUUCUGAAGUGGAGGACAAUGGCUACUACAUCUGCUACUCAGACACCAGCCAGAAGGCACAGAAGAACAAGUUCCUCUACCUCAAAGCCAGAGUAUGUAAUAACUGUGUGGAGGUGGACCUGACAACAGUAGCCAUCAUCAUCAUCGCUGACAUCUGCAUCACCCUGGGCUUGCUGAUGGUAGUUUAUUACUGGAGCAAGAACAGGAAGGCCAAGGCCAAGCCUGUGACUCGAGGAGCCGCUGCUGGUGGCAGGCCCAAAGGGCAAAACAAGGAGCGGCCGCCGCCUGUUCCCAACCCAGACUAUGAGCCCAUCCGCAAAGGCCAACGGGACCUGUAUUCUGGCCUGAAUCAGAGAGCAGUCUGAUGAACAGGAGGAACACUGAUUUCCGUGGAGCCAGAUCCAGCCCGCUGAGCACCCUGCUAUUCCUUGUUCUCUGGACAAAUUGUGGACUCCACAGCCUUGCUCUUCAGCCUCCUGGUGAAUGCACAGCCUGGAACCCUUUGGCUUCUUCUCCCACCUCCUCUGCUAGUAGCCAGUACUAGGACAUUGAUGACUCAGCAUCCUUUGAACCAUGCCUGCUGGUCAGAUCUUCCGCCAGCCGUCUUGUUGGGAUACUUUUUUCAGCUCAUUCCUUGCCAAUUCCUCCCUUCUACAGAGAUGUUGUCACUGCCUUCAGUCCCCUCCUUUCCCUGCAAAUAAAUUGGCCCUCAUCCCUAGCCCUUUCCUGUAGCUUUAUGGUUUUCUCACUGUGUUUUACACUUUUCUCUGGGAAUGGACUCCGUGGUCAUUGGCGGAGGUCCUGCCCCAUUCAUAGACCCUGGCCCAGCCUCUGCCCUACGCCCCUCUCCAGGUUUCACCUUAGGUCCUU